CGUGACUCGCCGCUACUGGGUCCUUCUAAGAGACAGAAGAGGAGAGACACAGACACAGAGGAGAAGCCCCGGGAAGACAGAGGCAGAGACGGGAGGGAGGCGGCCACAAGCCCAGGGACGCCUGGAGCCCCCAGAAGCUGGAAGAGGCGGGAAGGACCCUCCCUGGAGCCUCUGGAGGGACCUUGGCCCUGGGACACCUUGACCUCAGACGUCUGGUCUCCAGGACUAGGUGAGGAUGAAUGUUUGUGGUUUACAGCCCCCCAGUUUGUGGUCAUUUGUUACAGCUGCACCAGAAAAUUCAUACACCCCCCCUCUCCCCAUAUGAAGGGCCCAGAGCCUGUUCAAUCCAUCCAAUGAGUCAUCAACGCCAGGGAUUAGUGGGCAUAUGGGUUUGGGACCAGUUCCACAGCUGAUGGUGCAAGGGCGGGCAGGGGCUGGGGGUGCGGGUGAUUUUAGGGCUGUGUGCUCAUCAGGGACAGAAGGAGUGAGCAGAAACCCCGGGGGUCCCCGUAAGCUUUGUCAUCCCCUUAAUCAAGCUGAUGGAAUUUUCUAGAAUAAUCCAUCUUGGGCUCACUCCCGGGCCUCCAGCAAAGAGCUUGUGGCAUCAGCACUGGGCCCCUGGCCGUCCCCUCAGCUUGCUCACAGACCCGUGAUUCCCGAAGCCAGGACGAUUGGGUCCUCCAAGCCAGGCUGGCCUGGAAGGAAGAUGGGUUCCCCCUGGGGAGGAGGGCUACCGUCUCCUGAAGGAAUAUUCCAGUGCCUUCAUGGUCUCCCAGGUUCUCUUCGCCGCCUGUGAGCUGGGAGUCUUUGACCUUCUGGCCGAGGCCCCGGAGGCCCUGGGCUCGGCGGCAGUGGCUGCACGUCUGGGCGUCAGCUCCCGAGGGACAGGGCUACUGCUGGAUGCCUGUGUGUCCCUGAAGCUGCUUCAAGUGGAAGUGAGGAGAGAAAAAGCUGUGUAUGAAAGCACAGAGCUCGCCAGCACCUACCUGGCCAGAGCCAGCCCCAAGUCCCAGCGGGACAUGCUGCUGCACACGGCCAGGACCCCCUACCUGUGCUGGGGCCACCUGGCCGCGGCUGUCAGGUCCCAGGGCGAGAGGCCGCAAGCCGUGCGGGGCCUGCAGGACGAGUGGAGGCUCGGAGGGCCGAGGGUAGUGGCUGUACCCUUCCCGCGCGUCUGUGACCUCGGAGGUGGUUCCGGGGCUCUGGCCAAGGCGUGCAUGUCUCUGUACCUGGGGUCUCAGGUACCAGACGUGGUCCAGAUGACAAAGAGGCACUUCUCAUUCCCGGAGGAUGAACGGAUCGGCUUCUGUGAAGGAGAUUUCUUUAAAGACUGCCUUCCGGAGCCGGAUCUGUGCAUCCUGGCCAGGGCCCUGCAUGACUGGACGGGUGAGAAGUGUUCACACCUGCUGGGGAGAAUCUACGAAGCCUGCAAGGCAGGUAAAAGGGGCAUUACCGGGCAGUUACUCAGUUUGUAUAACUUUGUCCGUGUGUGGCGUCCUACACCUGGAGCCUUGUUCCUGAGAUCAUCAAUACUACUUGCUUGCCUUGUCCUGCUGUGUGCAUGACGUCAUUCUAAAGGAGCAAAACCAAGGUUACUACAAACAAGGGAACUGCCAGGCGGUGCUGUGUCUUGUCUGCAGUUCUUCUGUUUAGAAUAUCCACGAAUUGGUGCCUCCACGGUCACAGAAACUAUGGUUGUCGCCCGGAGGUGAUGUUGCCAAUCGAAUCACAGCCUUCUCAUGGCCUUUGGUUUGCUUCCAGUGUUUAGGGCUUGCCUUUGCUUUUUAUGUGUUAAUUCUUGGAUGACUAACACAUUUGCAUGAUUCAAAAACCAAAUGCUGAUGAAAGGUACAUGCAGAGAAGUCCAGCUUGUAAUCUGACCCCCUCACGCAUAUUUCUCCCCAGCUCUUUUAGGAGAGCUGAUUUAUGCUCUUUUUUUAAAAAAAAAAAUUACAAAAAUAAAUAAAGCCGCCAUGUUUCCUGGGUGAAGCCACGCCCGGGAGGGACCUGGCACCGGGGCCGCUGCCCACAGCAUCCACGGUCACCCUGCCCCUCACCCGCCUUGUCUCCGAGAUCCAAACGCAGCACCUGCCGCUUUGCAUAUUUCUCUGGAUGGCCAGAACUCUGCAAGGGACGCCAUCGAUGAUGCUGAAGCCAGGGGCAGCCCUCGGAAGCAGGAGGAGCAUGGCUUUGCAGGUCUGGAAUUUCUACCCAGCAGGAAGCUGACCUCGGGCACGUCACCUACCUUCUCUGCACCCUCACCCUUCAAAUUUAACAGACGGGACUGGGUAAUCUCUAAAGUUUGUCUUAAAUGCCCUGUGAUUCUUUGAAUACGUCCAACCAAUGCCUCUCAGCUGGGGUGAUCUUGCCCCCCGCCCCCGGCUGGGGACACACCCGGCAGUGUCUGGAGUCGUCUUGGGCUGUCACGCUGGACUGAAGGAUGCUGCUGGCCGCUGGUGACUGGGUACCAGGGUUGCUGCGCAACACGCCACAGCGCACAGGGUACCCCACAUCCGAGAGUGGCCCAGCAGCCCCCGAUGCCCACGGUGCCGGGCUCGAGAGACUGGGUCAGGAUGUGGUCACACUGCAGCUUCCCCGAUCCUCGUGGCUGUCACGACAGGACUGGCUCUUAGGGGUGCGUUGAUUUCUUAAGAGUCCUCCUGAGCCGAGGGCUCUGGGAGGGUCACGCUGUCUUCGUGGGGGUAGGAAGAGAAAGAGGACCUUCUUCAGAAGAUGAUGGAAAGCCAGCUGCUGGUCCCAGACUGUGCUCCCCAGCGUUGGUCCAGCUCCGUGGCCUGGGGAGGGGCCGUGUGGACUCAGCAGGGAGGACCCUCCAGGGCGCCAGGAAUCACCUGCUCUGGCUUCUUCGCAAAUACCUCUCAGGACAGCCUGGAGCCUUGGAGGCAGACGUCCUCCUGUUGCCACGGCGACGCUGGACCACUUGGGGCAGGACCGGGAUGCCUGUCUGCCAGCAGAUGGCGCUGUUGGGCGGUUUAAUGGACGUUGGCUCCACGGACCAGAGGAGGCUGGGGUGGCCCUAAACGGAGAAGACACCCCCACUUUACGCCUUUGCCUCCGAAAAUGUUAGGUUUCACGAAAACAAGUACCUUUUCAUCAUUUUCCCCCGUGAAGGGCGAUUACAAAGUAAGAAUAAAAGGCAUCAUUCUCCAGGUUCUAAGGGAGGGGACACUGCCCCCCGCCAGCACCCUGUCCCGCGGAGAGACACCCUGGGCCGGGUGGAUAUAAACGUACAGUAGGGCCGGCUGCAUCUCUCGCAGCAGGGCCCUCGAGCCAUUGCCGGAAACACCACCUCUUUCUGGAGGUUUUCUGCCCCAAUGAAGAAUUUGCGUGGUCAGCGGUGAUAUGGAAGGCCCCGGUCAGCUUGUUUAGAAGAAAAGCUGCUGAAACACACAGCACGGCAUGAAUCCUUUGGAUUAAAAAAAAAAACAACAACACAGUUCUUGUACAAGGUUGUCACAGAAAACGAAUACCCCUUCUCUUUUGUUUCUCUGACGUAUUAGCUUCCACGGGGGACGACGAUGUAUGCUGAACUGAUGAACAUUUCCCAAAGAACGUGUUUGCCGCUGCCUGGGUCAUUGCAAUUCCUCCUGCAUCCUCCAGACUUGGGGCCCCAAGUCUGCACAAAGUAGAACCCCUUUGUGUGCAGGGGCCGAAUGCAUCCAUCCAUGUAAGUUAACGGUUCCUUACAGCAGAAACUAACACAGCACUGGAAAGUAACUAUACUCCAAUAAAAAGUCAUUUUAAAAAUUUAAAAAAGGGACUUCCCUGGCAGUCCAGCGGUUUAGACUCCAGGCUCCCAAUGCAGGGGGCUCGGGUUCGAUCCCUGGUCAGGGAACUGGAUCCCACACGCCGCGGUGACGAUCCCGCCUGCCGCAAACUAAGACCCAGCGCGGCCACAUAAAUAAAUAAAUAUUUUUUAAAAAUUAAAACAAAAAUUGGCCUUUCUGGCUUUUUUCACUCCUGCAGAACGACCGUGUCUAUGGGAAAAGCAUUGAAGGGAAAUACGGUAUUGAAGGGAGACGGCAGUAGGCACACCCAAAACGCUCCUCUUUUACAAAGCUUUCACGCCUAGGAUCUCAUGGGACCCCUGGGGCCGAGUGUGCAAAAAUGGACUUGCCGGGCUUGUGCAAAUGCAUGCAGGGAGACGCUUGCGAAGGAGCAGAGACUGUCCUGUUUGGAACUAUGCACCAGGGUGGGACUGUCACCCCCAACCCCUGGCCCGUGGAGACGCUGGUGAUGAAACUGUGCCGGAGAUGGCUUACGGGGUCCUCCAGAUCCACUGGGAUUCAUCUCUGGGCUGCCCUGUGCCCAUGUGAUUGACACCUACCUGGCUCUGUAACUGCCUGAUUUCGGGGAGGGGACGUCGGCCAGUGCGUGAGAAGGGGCUGCUGCCUAGCAGGGUUUUCCUGGGUUCUUCUCCCCAAACUGAGCAGCUCUUUCCCUUGGUCUUCGAGACCUGGGGGUGGGGGGGUGCACCCCCCUCCCUUGGGGAUUCCCCUUGGCCGAGCCCACGCUGUAGGAAUGUCUCGUCUAUGAUCUCCAAGACGCUGACCCAUGUAGGAAGGAAGCAAGUAGCUUCUUCAGUGCCAGGCUGUACAAACGGAUAUUAUUUGGACGUUGUCAGAAUUUCAAAGGGCCAUCAUCAGCUAGACAAUACCUUGGCACCGUUUAUUUUAAAUUUUCUAAUGUGAUUCCUUAACAAAUGUAAAUCCGUAUAGUAGGGUUUUUAAAAUAUAUAUAUAUAUUUA